CUUCCACGGCCGUGCGACCCACGGGGAGCGGCCAGGCCUUUCUUCGUUCCCGGGGAGCAAAGGAAGCCAGGCGGGGAGUGGGGGGACGGGACCAUGGAGGCCUGCGGGGCGGCUCCUCUGUAUCGUCUGCCUCGGCUGGAGGGGGACUUUGGCCUCCGCCCCUCUGCGGGAAAGGCAUUCCCAAAGUCCUUUCUGGAAGUAGCUGUGUUCUUCACGGAGGAGGAAUGGGCUCUCCUGGAUCCAGGCCAAAGAAAACUCUACUGGGAAGUGAUGGAGGAGAAUUACGAGACCGUGGCCUCCCUUGCUGCAGAUGUGGGGGAGCUGACAAGUGAGAAGAAAACAGGAAAAGCAAUUAAGGAAAGAGAUGAAGAUCUGAAGGGAGAAGCAAAACCUGGGAAACAAGUGGUACUAAACAAGUGGCAGAGCAGGAAAAGCGAAGCAAAACAGAGGCAAAGGAAGAAAUUCCUUGCUCAUCAGGGCAGGAAGAUACUUGAGGUCCCAGGCAAACUCCGAGCUAAAAUAUGUCAGAAAAUUACAACAUGGCGGAAAACAUAUAAAUGCCUGAAGUGUGGGAAGAUCUUUCUUCAGAAUAGUAAGUUGGCUAAACAUCAGAGGAUGCACACAGGGGAGAAGCCAUAUAAAUGCUUGGAGUGUGGGAAGAGAUUCUCCCGGAAGGGCCACCUAAGUAGACAUCGAAAGGUUCACACAGGAGAGAAGCCAUAUAAAUGCUUAGAGUGUGGGAAGGGCUUCUCUCUGAAUGGACACCUAACUAGUCAUCAAAAGGUUCACACAGGUGAGAAGCCGUAUAAAUGCUUGGAGUGUGGGAAGAGCUUCUCCCAGAAGGGCGUCCUAAGUAGACAUCGACAGGUUCACACAGGUGAGAAGCCAUAUAAAUGCUUCGAGUGCGGUAAGAGCUUCUCUCGGACUGCCAACCUAUCUAGCCAUCAAAAGCUUCACACAGGGGAGAAGCCAUAUAAAUGCUUAGAGUGCGGAAAGAGUUUCUCUUUGAAGAACUACCUAACUAGCCAUCGCAGGAUUCACACAGGGGAGAAGCCAUAUAAAUGCUUGGAGUGUGGAAAGAGCUUCUCUCAGAAUAGCCACCUAACUGGCCAUCGCAAGAUUCACACAGGGGAUAAGCCAUAUAAAUGCUUAGAGUGUGGUAAGGGCUUCUCUCUGCAUGGACACCUAACUAGUCAUCAAAAGGUUCACACAGGUGAGAAGCCAUAUAAAUGUUUAGAGUGUGGAAACAGCUUCUUUUGCAAUAGUCAUCUAACUAGCCAUCGCAAGAUUCACACAGGGGAGAAGCCAUAUAAAUGCUUGGAGUGUGGGAAGAGAUUCUCCCAGAAGGGCCACCUAAGUAGACAUCGAAAGGUUCACACAGGAGAGAAGCCAUAUAAAUGCUUAGAGUGUGGGAAGGGCUUCUCUCUGAAUGGACACCUAACUAGUCAUCAAAAGGUUCACACAGGUGAGAAGCCGUAUAAAUGCUUGGAGUGUGGGAAAAGCUUCUCUCACAGUGGUGACCUCACUAAACAUCACAGGAUUCACACAGGAGAGAAGCCAUAUAAAUGCUUGGAAUGUGGGAAGAGCUUCACUCUCAGUGGUGACCUCACUAAACAUCGGAGGAUUCACACAGGGGAGAAGCCAUAUAAAUGCUUGGAAUGUGGGAAGAGCUUCUCUCUCAGUGGUGACCUCACUAAACAUCGCAGGUUUCAUACAAGGGAGAAGCCAUAUGUAUGCUUCGAGUGUGGGAAGAGCUUUUCUUGGAAUGGCAGCCUAACUAGCCAUCGAAAGGUUCACACAGUGGAGAAGCAUUAGAAAUGCUUGGAGUGUACAUAUAGCUUCUCACUGAAGGGCAGGAUAACUCUCAAUCAAAAGAUUCAUGCAGGGAAGAAGACUUAUAAAUGAUGGUAGUGUGGGAAGAGUUUUUCAUAUACUGGUGACCUCAUUAUCAGAGAAUUCACAUGGAAGAAAAAUUUGAUGGGGUUGUAUUGGAAAGACUUCUGUAAUUGUAACACUCAGAAUGUUGUAUAUUUAAUCAUGUGUGGCUGUAAAAAAGUGUACAUAGGCUGUACUAGCAGAGCAAUCAAAACGCGUAUACAGGAGCAACCGCUCUAGAUUGUGACAGGGAGUGGAGGACGCACCGUUGGUAUCACAUUUUACAGAGAGAAAACACAAGGACAAUGAUUUCAUCUACACAGUACUACAUGUGAGCAGCUAUAAAGACACUUCCUUGGCACAACGAGAUCUUCUGAGAAAGGAGGCGUGGUGGAUCUACAAACUACGCUCCAUGGAACCACAUGGACUUAACAUCAACUAUGAUUUACCGGCUUACUUGUGAGGACUACCACUAGGACUCUGGCCCUUUAAAUAGUUUGGCAGUGGGCAUAAAUGAUGUUUGAAAGUGUUAUUUAAAGCUUUGGGCUUUCGUGUCUUUUGCUUAUGCAGGUGAGCGAGCUGCUAUUAUGCAUUUAUAUAGGCUGUGAUUAUUCCUGAUUCGCUUUUUGUGAGUAUAUUUUCAAAUAACAAUCUUAUUGGUGCUUGACACUUAAAUUGAUUCUAAUAUGAAUUAUUUAUUCAUUUUUUACAGUUGUAACUGCUUUGAUGAAGGGGAAGCCAGAAACGGGACCUCUUGCUAGCUGACCCGUUAGCAGUUACAGUUUUAAUGUUGAUAUUUAUAUAAAUUGUGAAUGAUUUGGUCUUGUACUGACUGUUGUUUCUGGCAAUCUGAAUCCAUUCUGAUUUUGUAAGCAUUUCAGCUGUUAUACUGGAUGAAUUUUUUCCUAGGCUGAGUUUCUAUUUACCCAUUUGGAUAUUUAUUGUAUUCACGCCUCUAUAAUUUUGUAAAAAACUUUGACAGGUUUAUGUAAGCUUCUUAGCUUUUUUUUCUUGUUUUGCUUAUAUUCUGUGGACACUAAAUUUAGCUUUGUGGUGCUAGCGUUUGUUCCCCCUCCCUUCGAGCGGAGGAAUAUUUGUUUCUCCACAGCACAUUGAGCUUUUAUAGCUGGGUGGUCCACUUAGAGUUCCUUCAUUAAAGUUUAUUUUGCAUUUUG